AGGCCGGAAAAUACCUGACAUAACCCGUACAGUGAACAGCAGACAGCCAAAUGUCAAAAUCCCAAACAAUAAUCAGCUGAUCAAUCAGGUUGUUUUGAUUUUAUUGCAAUCUAACCUACAAAAUGAGCCUGUGAGCUGACCUGUCAUGCCUGAAAUUUAUUUACAACGAUUAGAAACAAGAAUUGCUGAUGCUCUUUUAAAGGCUCAAGUGACAGAUUGCAUAAAAAUUCUGUCAUUAUCUGACAGUUUCUUUCUCAAACUGGGAAACAUUUUUCUGGACGAUCUAGAGAAGAUAAGGAGUUUGGCAUCGGAAUCAAUUCAAUCUGGGCUUGUUACAGCGAGUUCGUCACUUUCCGAAGGUGAAAAAUGGGAAAGACUGACAACAGGCUGUCCACAUCUAGAUGCAGUUCUCCAAGGAGGCAUUUCAAAAAGGGGAAUCACAGAACUGUCGGGAGAGAGCGGAUCUGGUAAAACGCAGUUUGGGCUGCAGCUGACCAUCACUGUACAGCUACCAAAAGAUGAAGGCGGAUUAAACGGAGGUGCUGUGUACAUCUGUACAGAGGAGAAAUUUCCAUCAACAAGGUUGCAUCAACUUUUUGAAACAUUUCCCUCAGUUGCCAGACGAAAGGGAAAGCUUGACGAUCUUGGAAAAAAUAUUCUCAUACAACAUAUAUCGGAUGUGGAUGGUUUGAAGAGUUGUGUCGAAAUAACUCUGCCUCGAGUUGUAAUGUCGCAGAAAGAAGAAGGAAAGAACCCCAUCCGCUUAGUAGUGAUAGACUCGAUAACAGCUGUUUUCCGAGGCGAAUACUCCCAGGCAGGAGACAUGAAAACCAGAGCCCAGCACAUACGUUCCAUCGGUUACCAGUUGCAUAAAUUGGCACGGAAGCAUGACAUUGCAAUUCUCUGCAUCAACCAGGUGAAUUCAACCAUGAACAACCGUUUAGUUCCUGCUUUGGGUCUAGCAUGGUCAAACCUAGUGACCACACGCCUCCAGAUCACAAGGGUUCCCCCAAACAGAUAUUUCAGAGUCAUUUUUGCACCUGACUUACCCACAACUAACGUGUGUCCCUACAGUAUUACCAAGAGCGGAGUUUUGGGCAAACAUGUUUAGUCAUUACAUCGAUUUACAUUAUUUGAUCUCCCUACAGUGUUACCAAAAGCGGAGUUCUAGGCAAACAUGUUUAGUGAUUACAUCAAUUUACAUUAUUUGAUCUCCCUACAGUGUUACCAAAAGCGGAGUUCUAGGCAAACAUGUUUAGUGAUUACAUCAAUUUACAUUAUUUGAUCUAAUGUGCAGCUUUCAAUUCUGCAGUAGUGUUUUUGUAAUUAGCUCAAUCGAAAAUCGAUUGUUGCAGAUACUACUAUGACUUCUUUCCAUACUGUAAAUGUGUAUGUAAUACUAUGGCGCUUGCAAAAUUUUUAUUUUAAAAAACUGAAUUUUGUUAUUAGUUUUAUGAAAACUGGAUUGUUGCAGAUACGACUAUGACUUCUUGUAAUAGAGUUUCUACUGUAUAUGUGUAAUAAUGAAGCUUGUAAAAAUUCUGUUUUAAAAAACUGAACUUUGUUAUUAGUUUUAUCAAAACUGGAUUGUUGCAGAUAUGACUAUGACUUCUUGUAAUAGAGUUUCUACUGUAUAGCCUAUGUGUAAUAAUGAAGCUUGUAAAAAUUAUGUUUCAAAAAACUGAACUUUGUUAUUAGUUUUAUCAAAACUGGAUUGUUGCAGAUACGACUAUGACUUCUUGUAAUAGAGUUUCUACUGUAUAUGUGUAAUAAUGAAGCUUGUAAAAAUUCUGUUUUAAAAAACUGAACUUUGUCAUUUGCUCAUCAAAACUGGAGUCUUAGAAUAGAAUAGAUUCUUAUUCCUUUAAGUAUAAUAUCUAUACAAUCGGAAACGUCACAUAAAAUUAUUACAAUAGUAAUACAUCUAACAGACCACAAAGUAUAUUCAAUAAUACUGACAUAAUAGGCAAUUUAAAUAUUCAACUCAUGAAAGUUUAUAUUACAGUUCAGUUAUAUAAAAUUUAUUCUAAAUAUAUUCAAAUUUAAUCAAAAGUAGCUACUAAUGGAUACAUUACUCAUGUUUAGGAAUUCAGUCAAUGAGUAAAGCGGAUUCUCUGUCAAAAGUGUUUUCAUUUCAAGUUUAAACUGAGCAACAGAAAUUUCUCUAACAGAAAACGGAAGUUUAUUGAAUAUUUUUACAGAAAUUGCUCUUGAACUGAUCUGAGUUCUUCUCAGCCUGGAUGAGUGUUGAAGAUACUACUAUCACUUCUUGUUUCUACUGUAAAUGUGUAAUACAGUAUGAAGCUUGUAAAAAUUCUAUUUUAAAAAACUGAACUUUGUAAUUUGCUCAUCAAAACUGAAGUGUUAAAGAUACUACUUUCACUUCUUGUUUCUACUAUAAAUGUUCAACAGUAAAAAAGCUGUUAACAUUUUCUUUUAAAAACCUGAACUUUCAACUCUAUCUGCAUAAAGUCAAUGGAUUCUUGCAGUGACCUUACAAUUGUUUUCUUGUGUAAAAUUACUGUAAAUUUAUGAAAGUUACGAAAAAUUUAUUUAAAAAAACUGAAUCGUUGAACAGACAAUAAAUGUAGGUACUAUUAUUCCCAGUGCAAUUAUCAUUAUUAUAAAAGUGUAAAUUAUAAACGUUGUGUAAAUCGUCCUCUGAAAGACUAAGGCCCGGUCGCACAAAAGCCGGGUAAAUUUUAACCGUGAUUAAUUUCACGAGAACCAAUCAGAGAAGACCUUUUUGAUAAGACGGCUUCUCUGAAAUGAACUCCACUUGUUCUCGUGGUAUUAAUCACGGUUAAAAUUUAACCGGCACAUAGAGCAGAAAUAAUUGUACUUAAAAAAA